AUGCAACCUCCACCAGGGUUACCCAUCUCAUCUCCUGACCCAGUGUGCAAGCUUAACAAGUCCCUCUAUGGACUCAAGCAAGCAAGACGACAAUGGAAUCUCAAGUUAUGUUCAGUUCUUCUCACUCAUGGUUACAAACAAUCAAAGAAUGACUAUUCCCUUUUCACCAAGUCGGCUGCUAAUUCUUCCUUUACUGUCAUACUUGCUUAUAUCAAUGAUUUAGUAUUGAUCAAGGACCUUGGUAAUCUCAAAUAUUUCCUUGGCUUCGAGGUUGCAAGAACUAAAGCUGGCAUUAGUCUUUAUCAAAGGAAGUAUGCCUUAGAUCUUUUGGAAGAAUGUGGCUUAUUGGGUGCCAAACCAGCCUCCACCCCUAUCGAAUAUACCCUGAAGCUUUCAAAAGAAUUUGGUUCCCCUCUCACAGAUGUUAAGCAGUAUAGAAGACUUAUUGGGCAUUUGGUGUACCUAACAAAUACACGGCCAGGCAUCAGUUUCGCCGUAGGCAAGCUCAGUGAAUCCCUCGACAAACCAACAGAUUCUCAUUUGCAAGCUGCAAUUCGUAUCCUCAAGUACAUCAAGUCUGCACCAGCCUCUGGCUUAUUCUUUGCAGCAUUCUCAGAACUCAGACUCUCUGGGUUUGCAGAUUCUGAUUGGGCUCAAUGUCCAGAUACACCUCGCUUUGUCACAGCCAAUAUAAAUAGCUAG